CCCCCACCUCCAAUUGGUUAACACAGCCUUUUAAAGCUCACCCCUAGCCUUCACGAUCUGAAUUUCCUCACAUUACAAAGAAGAGGGGAACUGAAGUUACUGGUGUGUGACAAUGAGGAAGGCUCUGGUUCUGUUGUGUGGGUCUGUCCUGAUGCUGGCUCACUUCUGCGCGGCAGGCACUGCUGAAAAUGAGGACAGACACGGAACCCUGGUAGAUGCACGCACUCUCAGAGUCACCACCAUUCUGCAAGAACCAUACAUAAUGGAAAAAAACAGCGUACUGGAGGGAUACUGCAUAGAUUUAAUGAAGGAGCUGUCCAAAAAGCUGGACCUCAAAUACACUAUCCACCUGGUGAAGGACGGGUUCUACGGGAGGCAAGACGCCAAGGGCAACUGGAAUGGGAUGGUUGGAGAGGUUGUGAGAUCGGAGGCAGAUUUGGCCAUGGCUUCUCUGACGAUCACUGCCACGCGAGAGAAAGCUGUGGAGCUGACCAAGCCCUUCAUGCAGACCGGGAUCAGCAUCAUCCUGAGGAAGGAUAUCGUCUCCUCCGAGUCGCACUUCUUUGAGUUCCUCAACCCCUUUUCCAAGGAGACCUGGAUCGGAAUACUCAUCGCGUACCUCAUGACGUCUGUCUGUCUCUUCAUUGUGGCCAGGCUCAGCCCGUGUGAAUGGAGUGAACCCCAGACUGAAGGCAAUCGGUUCACGCUGCUCCACAGCUUCUGGUAUGCAGCUGGGGCCCUGACCUUGCAAGGUGCUGGGCCACAGCCAAAAGCCUUAUCUGUCCGAGUUAUCAGCGUCAUCUGGUGGCUGUUCACAGUAGUGCUCCUAGCCUCUUACAUCGCCAGUUUCAGCUCCAUGCGCAACUCUGACAGCACAAAGCUCUCCAUUGAGACUUUCGAGGACCUCGCGAAGCAGGAUAUCAUUGAAUACGGGACACUGAGGGACUCCUCCACAUUCAACUUCUUUAAGAACUCCAACCAACCUGUCUACCGCAUGAUCUAUGAGCACAUGCAGAGGAGGCACAGCCUGGUAUCCUCAGUGGAGGAAGGGAUCAGAAAGGCGCAGGGGGGAAGCUUUGCCUUCAUAGGGGAGUCCGCGUCUCUGGACCUGGCCGUGGCUCGCUACUGCAGCCUGACGAGGGUGCCUGAGGUCAUUGGGAUGAGGGGCUAUGCAAUAGCCACUAGCCUUGGCUCCCCGCUGGUAAAGAACCUGAGCGUGGCUAUCCUGCAGCUGAUUGACGCAGGGGAACUGGAUUACCUUCGGGAGAAGUGGUGGGCCAGCACCUGUGUGUCAGAGGAAGGGGGCAGCUCGGCCCCCCUGAACCCUCACUGCCUGGGGGGGAUUUUCUUCGUCCUGGGCGGGGGGCUUGCUCUGGGGGUGCUGCUGGCCCUAGUGGAGCUGGCUCUCAAAUCCAAAACCAGAGCAGAGGAGCAGAAGAAGUCGUGUUGUUCGGUUUUCUCGGAGGAGCUGAGUUGCCGCUUUAGGAACAGCAGCUCUAAGAAGGACCAGGACGCACCAGAGAAAAGCAAAACUUAAGGAUCUCGGCAAUCGCUUCUUUAAAACUAACCUUUCUUGAUUCUUCUUAGUACAGAAUUACUAAUAAUCUGCAGAAUGCUAAUGGUCAUUCCAACCACUCUGCCUGUCUUUUAGUCUAUGCUGUUUGCAAGAUUUGUGAAUCCAUGAGCACAAUGGUAUACUAUAUCUCUAACCCGAUUCUGGCAUAGUGUUAUUCAGGUAGUUUUAAAUGCCCAGGAAGCUUUUUUUUUCUUUUUUUUUUUCUGCAAUGUUGACGGAAGUGAAAAAUGUGUCAAGGGAUGAAGUAAAACAGAAAUUGUAGGAUAGAGUACAUUGAAAUAAAACAAAACCAAGAGAGCAUCUUAGAAAGGGUCUUGAUAUUGGGCAGAGGAAAUGCGAGGUGCGUGGAAGUGGUCGUUAUUACUGCGCUUGAACUUGUCCAGGCAAUCAUUAAGACGUGGGUGAAGUGGGGGUUGAAAUUGUCUGCCGAUCUGUAACUACACAGGUUUCACAGCCCUAGAUUAUAAGCACUAAUAUUAUGUUUCUUAUGUAGUGUAGCACAUAUGAUCAGUGCAUUUCAGGGCCUGGUAUAGCAGCUGCUAGUGCUUUAAUCAAUACACUCAAGGUUCUCCUCCAGUCAAUGCCUAGUUCCAUACCCCCAAUAUUAUCCAGUUUCUGAUGUACAUAUAACAUCAGAAAUAAGGAAUACCUUUCCAUAGCUACAGCCUCAGUCAAUAGACAUGCCUAUACGACUGCCAUUGCUGUGGAUACAUGUCAUUUCUAGGUCACAGACACACACGUCAUAGCCAAGGCACCUCUGCAGAACACAUGCGUUCAGACUCCAAACUCUUUAGUUUAGUCUGGAAUUCUCAACCCAGGUUAUCCAAACAGCUGUCAGCAUAGCGUGAAUGACCUGCUGUUCCAUACAUACAGCACCUUUGUUUAUGAAAGUUUGUUAGAAGUCAUAGCCUGUGCUGUACCCCUCUCUAACAUUUCAGGUUCUGAAUAAACCAUCUGCAGUUCUUUAAAGGGCUAUAUCUACUACUUUCAAAACAACCGUGUUGCUAAUAUGCAUCACCUUUAGAUUUUAAACUAAAUAUCUAUUCAAACUCUGUUGCUGGUAUGAAUAUUCAAGAUUUCUAGGCAGGUCUGAGGCAUACUGCUAAUAAACAUCCUGGUAUUAUGUUUCUGUUUGGCAUAGAAAUGUUCUGCAUGCAGAUCCAUUGGUGUCCUACAAAUUCUGGCUAUAUGAUAAAAAAUAUAUAUGUUUGGUAAAGCAAAAGGAAAGCCAUUGUCACCUAAAUCAUGAGCUUUAUGAAAGCCAACCACAUUUGUUAAGCAGUUCUGUAAAGGAAUGUGAUUACAUUGAUGAUAACACGCUGCCUGUUAGAAAUCUUCCUUUAAACUGAACUGCUGUUCAUUGUAACUGAAUUCACUUUUAAACUGCUUACGUUUUCACAUCCAAAGUGUGUUAUUAUUACAAUCACUCUGUAGCAUUAACAAAUGGUUCUGCUUUGUACCUGCAGUAGAAAUGAAUCCACGCUAUGAUCAAAGAACAGAAGCACAUAUAUGUAACACUGUGAUCAAAAACUGAACUAACUGAGAUAUAACCUAAUAAAAGCAACUGCUAACAAA